UUCGUCCGUACCAAAUUUACAUUGACCGAAGCACUGGAACGUGCCAAGCCCCCGGCUGUGGAGCCCGAGUACCAGUGGGGUAGCCGUUCAUUAAACGCCUGCUACGAAGCUAUUUUCAAGCUUUAUCGUGGCUUUAUCGGAUCGCCUCAUCUGUCUGCGAUCUGCCGCUUACUCGGCUACCAGGGCAUAUACAUUAUUGUCACCGAGGUUAUGAAGAUCUGCAAGCCACUUGUGAGUUUGUUAUAUAAGCUUUUAUUUUUUUAA